AGUGUGUACUUGUCUGUGUCACAGAGGGUUGAUGGGAUUAGGACUUCAUUACCCAGCAUGCACUGUGUGUGUGUUAGUAAAAUCCCUAAAGAGGAUUUAUGAGGAUCAGAGAGACGACAUGCCGCUGAAGAGAGAAGAUACUGAGCGUGCUCUGCAGGUGAUGGAGGCCUGUCAGGCCGGAGCUGCUGAAGGGGUCAAAGGUCGUGCUGAGAGACUGCUGAACAUCUUCCAGAGUGACCUGUUCCAGGCCCUGCUGGACAUACAGGAGUUCUACGAGCUGACGGUUUGUGAGAACCAGGUGACGAGCCGACCACACACACCUGGACAGAAGUAUCGUUACCAAGACGAUGAGACUCCGCCUGCCGACCCCAGCCCCGGUCACAUGACCCACGGACGCAGCACGGAUCUGAGCCACGCCCACCUGGACGGAUACACACACCCCACCGCCGCGAUCACCAUGAACGGAUCAGAAGGAGAGCUGGAGUACGAGGAGAUCACUCUGGAGAGGGGGAACUCUGGUCUGGGCUUCAGUAUCGCAGGAGGAACUGAUAAUCCUCACAUCGGAGACGACCCGUCCAUCUUCAUCACCAAGAUCAUCCCUGGAGGAGCGGCCGCUCAGGACGGACGCCUCAGGGUGAACGACAGCAUCGUGUUUGUUAACGACGUGGACGUGCGUGAGGUCACUCACUCCAUCGCCGUGGAGGCGCUGAAGGAGGCGGGGCCUGUCGUCAGGCUUUACGUCCUGCGGCGACGCCCACCGAGUGAACGCGUCACGCAGAUCAAACUGAUGAAAGGACCUAAAGGUCUGGGCUUCAGUAUAGCGGGUGGAGUGGGGAACCAACACGUUCCAGGAGACAACAGCAUCUACGUCACCAAGAUCAUCGAGGGCGGAGCGGCGCACCGAGACGGACGGCUACAGAUCGGGGACAAAAUACUGGCGGUGAACCACGUGUCCCUGGAGGACGUCCUGCAUGAAGACGCCGUGGUGGCCCUGAAGAACACGGGGGAGGUGGUCUACCUGAAGGUGGCCACGCCCACCUCGCAGUACAUCCACCCAGCGGACCGCUACAGCCCCCCCGACCUGACCAGCUCCUACAUGGAGCCGGACUACAUGUGUGAUUACCCACAAGCCCUCCCGCCUCCGUCACCACGACGAUACUCCCCUAUCCCCCGCGGCAUGAUGGGAGAGGACGAGUACUCCCGGGACCCCCGCCGGGUCUGCGUCCAACGGGGGUCCACCGGUCUGGGCUUCAACAUCGUGGGAGGGGAGGACGGAGAGGGGAUCUUCAUCUCCUUCAUCCUGGCAGGAGGACCAGCAGACCUGAGUGGAGAGCUCCGGAAGGGGGACCAGAUCCUCAGUGUGAACGGGGUGGAUCUCAGGUACGCCACACAUGAACAGGCAGCGGCAGCUCUGAAGAACGCCGGACAGACCGUCACCAUCGUGGCUCAGUACCGACCUGAGGAGUACAGUCGCUUUGAGGCGAAGAUCCACGACCUGAGGGAGCAGAUGAUGAACAGCUCGUCUGGAAGUCUGAGAGCCAACCGCAGCUUCUACCUCAGGGCGCUGUUCGACUACGAUAAGCAGUGGGACUGUGGCGUCCUCUCACAAGCUCUGGACUUUAACUUCGGGGAGGUUCUUCAUGUGAUGGACAGCGCCGAUGACGAGUGGUGGCAGGCCAGACGGGUGAACCAGCAGGGGGAGAUGGAGGAGCUGGGAUACAUCCCGUCCAAACACAGAGUGGAGAGGAAAGAGUGGUCUCGUAUGAAGAGUAAAGGUAGAGAAGGCUUCGUUCACAGCUACGAGCUCAUCACUCAGAUCGAAGUGGACUACGCUCGUCCAGUCAUCAUCCUGGGGCCGACCAAAGACCGGGUCAACGACGACCUGCUGUCCGAGUUCCCCGACAAGUUCGGCUCCUGCGUCCCUCACACCACUCGUCCUCGGAGGGACUACGAGGCCGAUGGGCGGGACUACCACUUUGUGUCGUCACGGGAACAGAUGGAGCGGGACAUCCAGUCCCAUCGCUUCAUCGAGGCGGGGCAGUACAACAACCACCUAUACGGGACGUCGGUGCAGAGCGUCCGACAGGUGGCCGAGCAGGGGAAACACUGCAUCCUGGACGUGUCGGCCAACGCCGUGAGGAGGCUGCAGGCGGCUCAGCUUCACCCCAUCGCCAUCUUCAUCCGACCACGAUCCCUGGAGAACAUCCUGGAUCUGAACAAGCGUCUGUCGGAGGAUCAGGCGAGGAAAGCUCUGGAUCGAGCCAUCAAACUGGAACAGGACUUCUUGGAGUGUUUCACAGCCAUCGUGCACGGCGACAGUUUCGAGGAGGUCUACCACCUGGUCAAAGCCGUCAUCGAGGAGCAGAGCGGCCCUUACAUCUGGGUUCCAGCUAGGGACAGACUCUGAUUGGCCACUGCCAGCGACGGGCGCCGUCUCCAUGGAAACCGCCUCCUCCUCCUCCUCCUCUCAGCGGCGUGACCAGACGGAGAGCAGGCGUCUGUCUUUUUACCGUUUCUGUUUUCUUUCUACUCGAUGACGAGCGAGCACGGUGAUUGGAUGGAUGCUAUAACCGCGGCAACCGAGAGAUGUGUUUUUUUAAGAAGAAGGUGGACCUGUCAGAUGAUUGAUUGAUUGAUUGAUCCUGUAUUAUCAGUAAAUAAUGAAUCAGGACUGUAGAGUUCAGUUGGUAUUGAAGUAUUUAUAUUAUCCUAUUUAUUUAUUGAUUUAUCUAUUUAUUUAUUUAUGUGAUGUGAAAAUGGUGUGUGUGUGUGUGUGUGUGUGUGUGUGUGUGCGUGCGUGUGUAUGUGUGCGUGUGUGUGUGUGUGCGUGUGUGUAGUGUACAUAAAGACUUGUGUGACUGUAAAUAAAACGAUGGGGCUCAAACACACAGUCUAUUCAGGGCUUAAAGUAACAAACACUAGACUACAACACCCACAAUCCCCCUCUGCUGUACUUCAUCUCCCACAAUCCCCCUCUGUCUGGACUACAACACCCACAAUCCUUUUCUGUCUGGACUACAACACCCACAAUCCCCCUCUGUCUGGACUACAACACCCUAAACCCCCUCAGUCUGGACUACAACACCCACAAUCCUCUUUUGUCUGGACUACAACACCCUAAACCCCCUCAGUCUGGACUACAACACCCACAAUCCUCUUUUGUCUGGACUACAACACCCUAAACCCCCUCUGUCUGGACUACAACACCCACAAUCCACCUCUGUCUGGACUACAACACCUACAAUCCACCUCUGUCUGGACUACAAUACCCUAAACCCCUUCUGUCUGGACUACAACACCCACAAUCCCCCUCUGUCUGGACUACAACACCCUAAACCCCCCCUGUCUGGACUACAACACCCACAAGCCCCCUCUGUAUGGACUACAACACCCUAUACCCCCCCUGUCUGGACUACAACACCCACAAUCCUCUUCUGUUUGGGCUACAACACCCUAAACCCCCUUCUGUCUGGACUACAACACCCACAAUCCCCCCUCUGUCUGGACUACAACACCUACAAUCCCCCUCUGUCUGGACUACAACACCCACAAUCCCCCUCUGUCUGGACUACAAUAACCUAAACCCCCUCUCUCUGGACUACAACACCCACAUUACCCCUCUGUCUUGACUACAACGCCCACAAUCCCCCCUCUGUCUGGACUACAACACCUAUAAUCCCCCUCUGUCUGGACUACAACACCCUAAACCCCCUCUCUCUGGACUACAACACCCACAAUCCCCCUCUGUCUGGACUACAAUACCCUAAACCCCCUCUCUCUGGACUACAACGCCCACAAUCCCCUUCUGUCUGGACUACAACACCCUAAGAAUCCCUCUCUGUCUGGACUACAACACCC